GAGAAGUCUUGGAGGGAAUCUCUUUUCAUCACAAACGAGGACUUAUUUUAGACGUGAAUCUGCCAUAUUUCCGGACGAAAUUCUCAUCGUGGGAAUAUAUGACCCAAUCCGUCCCAAAGGAGCACCGGUGCUGACCGGCGUCAUCGAACUCUGCCUGCAACCAUGUCAUUCACGAUUCCAGCACGCCUCGCACGACCCUCUAUUCGCUCGCAGAGCCCCGUAGAGGCAAGACAGCGUGUUAUCCAACUCUACCGUGACUGGUGCCGUGGUGCCCCGGAAAUCAUCUCCCUCUACGCCCUCAACGUCUCACCUGCAUACAUACGCUAUUGCAUCCGUCAGCGCUUUGAACGCCAUCGACACGUCACUGAUCCCCGCGCCGUCGAGGUACUACUCUUGAAGAGCAGGCAGGAGUAUCAAGAGACGAUGAACUGCUGGAAGCUCCCGGAUCAGGUUAUGGGUAUUCUUUUGAAGCCGCAGGAGAGGACGAAGAAGACAUUCUUGCAAAAGUUUUAUGAAGGUGGAGAUGAAGAGGGGCUUAUACCGGCUGCGACUGGCGUCGCAUAGAAUCAAGCUGAUGAUCUUGUUUAAAUGAACGCUUGAAAUCGUUACACAACGAAUAGAUGUGCGCAUAAGAACCAUCAGCUCUGGUCUUAUUCAUUGAAUGCACGAGGGUUACCUCUUUUCGAUUUGGGUGUUGCUCCAAUUUUCCAGAGACCUCCUCAGCACGAAUGCGAGGAAAUCUCGCAUUCUUGCAUUGGUAGCUAUCGAGCAAGACAUAGUGGAUCGCCCGCCAAUGAGCUCGAAUUCUGAAGGCAAAUUACGUGGUGGUCUCAACAUGUGCUAAGACGGCAAUGACUUGUACAGAUUAUAAAUUUGGGCGUAAGCACGCACUGUCAAUGUCGGCUUCCACAGAGGGUAAUGACAUUGGUGUAUGGCCU